AUGCCCACGCAUCAGCACUCGGUCGAUAAGAUGAGAAGACACUCCUGCUUCGUUUUUUUGUUCUGUGGGAUAUUUUUGCCCAGAAUCCUUGGUUUUCCACAGACGAAUACCUCAAUUGAUUGUGAUUCUCUGUUACCAAACUAUCAGGCUGAACCACAGACAGCUGCACCACCAUAUCUUAUUUCUGUAUCUUUUGAUAACUUUGAGCCAGGAAAUGAAAUCCAAGUGACUCUAGAAGCACUUAAAGAUGCUAAUUUUAAAGGAUUUAUUCUACAAGCUCGAGAAUUAGAAGGAGAUACUCCUGUUGGUACUUUUAAAAUUACAGAUCCAAACACUAAAGUCUUGGAAUGUCAUAACAUGACGAAUUCAUCACUAGGUCAUGCAAAUUCAGAUGUGAAGCAGAAAGUUACAACAACAUGGAUUGCUCCACGUGAUGUUAGAGAUCUUCAAUUUAUUGCAACUGUUGUUCAAGAUCUAGAGAAAUUUUGGGUUGGAAUUCAAAGCAAAACUCUCACGCCUACACAUUCUGAGUCAGUUAAUGGGACAGGAAAAAGUAAAAGGAAGUUUAUGAUAGAACUAGAAUGUAACAAGCGUGGAGGGACUUACACAAGACAAGGUGGAUGUGUCCUGGUUGGACCUUCUGGUUCCUCUCAGAGCAGCUAUUCAGGAAGUCAGAGUGGAGUAGUCUACACAAUAAGCAAGAGUGGAUGUGGCCCUGGAGGUGCUGCUAAUGUAUACAGUCAACACGCCUGUAGAGAUAGUGCAUCCUCAUCCGGCAGUGGUCUUACCUAUGGCCAGGUAGUGGUCAUAUCCAACAACGAACCUUUUCCACCUGUGCGUCAUACCUACCCCCAGAGUUUGGGAAGUUCUGCUACUAGAGUCGUAAUACAGAGUGGUGGACAAAGACAGCAAAGCAGCAGCGGCAGCACUAUUUACGUUCAGGGUUCCCAAGGCAGCCAGUCCUAUGGCCAGAGCUACCAGCCUCAAGGUGGCAGUUCCUAUGGCCAGGGUGGAGGAACCUAUCUGGGCGGCAGCAGUGGUUCUUACGGCCAGGGUUCCCAAGGCAGCCAGUCCUAUGGCCAGAGCUACCAGCCUCAAGGUGGCAGUUCCUAUGGCCAGGGUCAAUCUGCUUCUUCAGGUUGUGGGCAAGGUGUUUCAUAUGAUAGCAAUCCCUGCCACCAGGGUGGAUCACAGGGUGGUCAGGGUGGAUCAUACUCCUCACAAAGCUAUGGUGGUAGCCAACAGAGUGGAUCAUCAUACUCACAAAAUUAUGGCAGCAACCAGGGUGGAUCCUCCUCACAAAGCUAUGGUGGGGGCCAGGGUGGAUCGUCCUCCUCAGACAACUAUUAUGAUAACCAGAACUCACAAGAUUCCUCAGACUAUAAUCCCAAUGCUUGUGAAGAUAAUGACACUACCUAUAGUGCCAAUGGUCGGAGCUCUGGUUGUGCAAAGAAGAAAGUUCUUGUUGCUCGAGAUACAUCACAUGCCUUGAGCAAAAGAGACGAUGAUGUACAGAAUGAGUCUUCUACUUCAAAUAGCAGCCACACUAAUCUCCAGGGUGGAUCAUUUGUUGCAACCAGUGGUGGAUCAAAUAGUCAGGGUGGUUGCAUUUGUCCUGAUGGAAGCAGUGGUUAUACACAGGGAGGCCCAGGUUCUUCACACAGCACAUAUUUUGGUAACCAGGGAGGGCCUUUCUUCUAUCCUGGAGGAUCCUAUGGACAGGGGGGCCCAGGUUCUUCCCACGGCUCUUACUCCGGUAACCAGGGAGAUUCUUCCUUCCAGCCUGGUGGAUCUUAUGGACAGGGGGGCCCAGGUUCUUCACACAGCACAUAUUUUGGUAACCAGGGGGGCCCAGGUUCUUCCCACGGCUCUUACUCCGGUAACCAGGUAAAUACUCUGAUCACUGUGCCUGCACAGGAGCAGACUAAAAGUCCUUCCUUGAGGGAAUAUUUUGGCUACAAACCAGUAAUUUUUGUGUAUUCUGUACAGGGAGAUUCUUCCUUCCAGCCUGGUGGAUCUUAUGGACAGGAAGGGUCUUCUGUCUAUGACAGCAGCAGUGAAUCCUACGGUCAGGGUGGAUCUUCAGCAUAUAGUGGUGCUGAAUCUUCCACAUCUAGUGGUACUGGAGCUUAUGGUCAGGAUUCACCUCCCAUGGGAGGCGGUGAAACUGAUGACAGUGAUUCCACCUCUCCAUCUGGCAGCCGGCAGAGUGAACGGGAUUUUUAUUCCCCAGGAGGCAGCCAGUCAGGUGGACAUGGAUUGUCUUCUCAAGGUGGUGGCUACUCCAGUGGGCAGGACUCAUCCUUAUCUGGAAGCAGCCAGUAUGGUGGGCAGGGUUCAAAUUCUUCAGGAGGCAGCCAGUCUGGUGGACAGGGUGGAUGUGAUUGUUCUGGGGGAAGUUCUGGUGGAUCCUCUAACUUAGUCAGAAGCGAUUCCUCUGCAAAUGGCUCCUCUUCUUCUGGAGGCAGCCAGCACAGUAGCCAGAAUUCGUAUUCCUCUGGAGCUAGCCAGUAUGGUGGACAUGGGUCAUCUUCUUACGGAGGCAGCCAUUAUGGUGGACAGGGUUCACCUUCCUCAGGAGGCAGCCAGCAUGGUGGACAGGGUUCACCUUCUUCAGGAGGCAGCCAGUAUGGAGGACAGGGUCCAUAUUUCUCAGGUGGCAGCCAUUAUGGAGGACAGGGUGCAGCUUCUUCAGGAGGCAGCCAGUAUGGUGGACAGGGCUUUUCUUCAGGAGGCAGCCAGUAUGGUGGACAGGGAUCUUCUCCCUCAGGAAGCAGCCACUAUGGUGGGCAGGGCCCAUAUUCUGGAGGCAGACCACAUGGUAAACCAGGUUCACCUUCCUCAGGCGGCAGUCAAGUGGUAAGCACUUUUCCUCUUCGCGGUUCCUACUGGUUUCUUCCUACACAUACCGUAGAAAAUGGAAGGGGGAACGCGAUGAACACCUACCUGAAAUCCAAUUAA